AUGGUAGUGCUGGAAGGUGGCACGAUGGGGACAUCAUUGCUGGGCGGUCCAUACGCCCAAGGUGCCCCGGCACUCAAGAUGAUGCAGAAGCGUUACGUUGGUUUGCACCAGUGGCUCAGCCCGAUGUGCGCCACCAAGGAUCUCAAGGAGCAUCUACAACUUUUCCGCUCGAAUCCCGGUCUUACUGCAGCGAACUCGGCCGUCCCAGGUGCGCCGAACGGGCAGCCACUGCCCCAGUCGGCCCUCUCGCUUUCGGCCGCCCAGCAGCAACAGUUCCUGCAGCAUAAUGCAGCGUACGCCGCCCAGCAGGCUCCACCGUACGUCAUCAACCCGGGCCAGGAUCCGUCCCAGUACAUGGGUGCCCUCAUAGCGGCCGGCGUACCGCAGUACUAUGCACCCGCACCGUGGAGCGUGUAUCCGGCCAAUCUGGCCAUUCCGCAGCAGCAGUCACAGCCCCGUCGUCCGCUCACCCCAUCGCAACAGGGAGCCGAAAAUCAACCCUACCAGGUGAUAUCGGCAUAUUACGACACGAGCGGUUCGCUGGUGAUGGGACCACGCACCGGAACGCCGAUGCGGCUCGUCAGUCCGGCCCCGCCGGUUCUGGUACCGCCGGGCGCCGCUGGUCCACGGGCUCCCCAAGCGCCCCCGAUCUAUCCUCCGCAGCCGCAGACCGCCCAGCAGAACGUCUACUCGGCCCAGAACGGAUCCAACGUAGGAGGACUCGGUGCCUUGAACACAUCAUCCCUGACCACACGUCGGGAUUCGUUUGAUCGCAACACAUCGGCCUUCAGUCCAUCGCUGGACUAUACCUCGGGUGCCUCGACCAACACAAUGGCGAUGAAUGCUGCCGCGGCCGUCGCUGCUUCUGCUGCUGCCCGCAAGUGGCCUGUCGGUGCUGGAAAUUACAGCGGUCUCGGUACGGUAGCGGCCGCCUCGGCUAGUCCGCUUGGACCUUCGCUCACACCACCACCGGUAUCGAAUCUCGGCGCGCUGGUAACGAGCCGUGCGCCCGGUGCGGAAACAAAGUUCCGACAGGUCAAUCCCGGUCUCGUGCCCGGUAUCUCGACUGCCAAUGCUGCCAUGUUUGGGUCGAACAACUGUGCAGCUCAGGCAAUCCUAUCGCGACUCUCCAGUGCGGUGGCCCGGCCUACCGCAGCUCCCGCAGCUGCUCCGGCAGUACCGGGCGCAGCACCCGGUCUGGAUCGUCCGCCGGGCCGUUCGCGCCUGCUAGAAGACUUCCGCAAUCAACGCUACCCGAACCUGCAGCUGCGCGAUCUCACCAAUCACAUCGUGGAGUUCUCGCAGGAUCAGCACGGAUCGCGCUUCAUUCAGCAGAAGCUGGAGCGAGCCAUCAGCGUCGAGAAGCAGCUCGUAUUUAACGAAAUACUUGGUGCAGCCUACAGUCUAAUGACGGACGUGUUUGGUAAUUACGUCAUCCAGAAGUUCUUCGAGUUCGGCUCACCGGAGCAAAAGCAAGCACUCGCGCAACAGGUCAAAGGUCACGUAUUGCCGCUAGCAUUGCAGAUGUACGGUUGCCGGGUUAUACAGAAGGCACUGGAAAGCAUUCCGGCGGAACAGCAGCAGGAGAUUGUGCGUGAACUAGAUGGACACGUACUCAAGUGCGUAAAGGAUCAGAACGGCAACCACGUGGUACAGAAGUGCAUCGAGUGCGUCGAUCCGGUUGCGUUGCAGUUCAUCAUAGAUGCAUUCCGCAAUCAGGUGUACUCGCUUAGCACACAUCCGUACGGUUGCCGGGUGAUCCAGCGAAUACUGGAACACUGUACCCCGGAACAAACGGCACCGAUAUUGGCCGAACUGCACGCUAACACCGAACAGCUGAUCCAGGAUCAGUACGGUAACUACGUCAUCCAGCACGUAUUGGAGCAUGGAAAGCCCGAGGAUAAAUCAGCACUCAUUGCAAGUGUGCGUGGUAAAGUGUUGACUCUUUCUCAGCACAAAUUUGCAUCGAACGUGGUGGAAAAGUGUGUCACGCAUGCCACACGUGCAGAACGCGCACUACUGAUAGAGGAAGUGUGUUCAUUCAAUGACGCUGGACUUCACGUCAUGAUGAAGGAUCAGUACGCGAAUUACGUGGUACAGAAGAUGAUCGACGUGUCGGAGCCGACGCAGCGCAAAGUGCUGCUGCACAAGAUUCGACCGCACAUGAAUUCGUUGAAAAAGUAUACAUACGGCAAACACAUCAUCGCAAAGUUGGACAAAUUUUCGCUCAAGACACCAAAUUCUCUUGCGGGAGGUGGUGCCGGCGGAGCUGGAAACUCUGCCGCUAGUUCGGCCACCGGUGCCAAUGCCAACGGUACAGCUGGCCCAGCGGUUGGCAGUGCCGGCAAUGGUAGCAGCAGUGUCAAUGGAACUAACGGUGAGCUCACUGCCACUAGCACCUCGAACGGAACCACGGUAAACAAUGGAACCAACGCGAACGGUGCUACGGUUUCAGCAGGUACUGCCGGUGCCGUCGCUGGUAACUGUAAUCCUACUGCCGGCGUGACAGGAAGCAACAACGGAAGCGUGAGUGGUGCUGGUAACAGCAACGGUACCAACGUUGCUCUGCGCCCGAUCGGUCCUCCAACAAAUGGAGUUAUGUAA